AUGUCAUGGAACCCCAGCGACGAUCCAAACAAGAAGUAUAGAGCAGAGAUCGAAUUCAUCAGAGAAGCUGAUUGGAAGAAAGACCUUCAAAUUUCUCUUACUGACUUGAUCAAUGAUUCUGGAAAGAUAUCAGGUGAUUCGACCAAUCCGGAAGCCGAUGCUGGCGUUGCAUAUGCCAAAAUCAAAGCAGUCUAUCCAAACAUGACGAAGGAAAUGAUAGAAGGCUCUAGUGUCGAGGAGAUGCUAGCCCACGAUGAAGUUCAAAGAGUACUUGGAACUACCAAGGCUGUUGAAAAGUCUAAUCCAGAGUUUUUCUAUAGAGAACUUCAGCGGUAUGUUGACAGCAAAGAGAAGUCUACAGGCGAGAAAGGCAAAAAAGCCGAUAAGGAGAAACGAACCAUGGAGUUUUGGCCUUUGAUCAAAGUUGUGAGAAUAUUCGUCAAAGCUGAUGCAUUAUCUACUGGCGCCGUUAUCGUCGAUUUACCCGGUGUUCAUGACUCAAACGCUGCUCGUGCUGCUGUUGCGGCUGGGUAUAUGAAGCAAUGCACUGGUUUGUGGGUUUGUGCACCAAUCAAUAGAGCAGUCGAUGAUAAAGCCGCAAAGUCGCUUCUUGGUGAAUCCUUCAAGCGGCAGCUGAAGUAUGACGGGCAAUUUUCAAGAAUCACUUUCAUCUGUUCCAAGACUGAUGAUAUUUCUGUUCUUGAGGCUUCGGAUUCUUUGGGUCUAGAAGAAGCUAUGGCAGAAGAUAAUGCAAAAAUUGACGAAAUUGACAAGAAACGCGCAGAAUUGAACGCGAAAAUCACAGAAAUGAAAGAUAGCAUAGCAGUCUACAGUGACAUAUUUACUGAUGCGGAUGAGACUUUCGAUGUCUGGGAUGAUCUCAAGAGAAUUGCUGAAGAUGGAAAGACGGUCUAUGCUCCUAAAAAUCAAGAUAAGUCACCUAAGCGAAAGCGUUCUUCUUCGCCCAAGAAAUCCCGCAAGAAGGCGAAGAAAUCAGGAUACGAAGAUGAUGAAUAUGACUUCAUUGAUGACGAUGAGGACCAGGAAGGUGAAGACGUUGAAGCUUCAGCCGAUGCGACCGAAGCCGAGGAAGAAGCCCUUGAUAUGGGCGACCCCUUGACCACCGAAGCCAUUGACGAAAAGCUUGACGAGCUUAAAGACACCAAGAAGAAAGCUCGGAAGGAAAAGGCUGCCAUACAAGUGGACCUAAAAGAAGUCAGAAAGGAGUUGAGAGAAUUCGACGAGCAAAAACGAGAAAUCGACACGAGGAUGCGCGCCAAGUGCAUUGACGGUCGUAACAAAUAUUCAAAGGGUGCAAUUCAGCAGGAUUUUGCUGCUGGUAUCAAGGAGCUUGAUAAUAUCAAUGCCGAGGAGGAAGAUGAAGAAAACUUCGACCCCGAAAAUGAGAUCAGAGAUUACGAUGCCGUAGCGCAGAGUCUGCCUGUAUUCUGUGUGAGUAGCAGAGCCUACCAGCAGCUGAACGGAAGACUACAGAAGGAUGCCAAGAUUCCAGGUUUUCGCGACGUUGAAGAAACAGAGAUUCCGCAACUCAAAGCCCAUUGCAAAAGACUCACCGAGGCUGGUCGAAGUGCCAACUGUCGCCGCUUCCUUAAUUCUCUUCUGCAAAUUGUCCUGUCCUUAUCUUUGUGGGCAAAUAAUGAUGGAACAGGUAUCAAUCUCUCGGAUUCACAAAAGGUUACCGAGGCUCGAUGGCUUCAAAAAAAUUUGAAGGAUCUCGAAGACAAGCUCGACAAAGCGGUAGGAGAUUGUAUUGCUGACAUGAAGGAUGCUUUAAAGGAAAACCUUUUCGAGAAAUUUGGUGAGGUUAUCCCUUUAGCUGUGGAACAGGCACCCCAAAUGGUGUCAAAGUGGGGAGCUUCUGUGAAUAAAUUCGAUCGUGACGCAGGAGGCCUGUACUGGGCUACAUAUAAAGCUAUCUGCCGCAGAGACGGUGGUCCUUAUACAAACAAGAACGGUGCCCACGAUUGGAAUUCCCAAUUGACUGAUCCGAUUAUGAAACACUUGGCGAGUAAUUGGGAAAAAAGCUUCUCCAGGAGACUUCCAUCCGUGCUUCAAGGAUUCACUAAGAAGUCAAACGGAAUUCUGCAAACAUUUCAUCGAGAAGUCGAGGCUCGAAGCCGUAAGAACGGUGCAGGAAUUGCUGGCUUAGCUAUGUUAUCCCAGCAACUCCGAACCUAUGAAGCGACUUUCUCAAUUCUCACGACGGAAAUGGUUGAGGCUAUUAACAGCCUUCAGCGUGAGGCAAAUAGAGAGUUCGUUCCAGUUGUAGCCCAGAAGCUCGCUUCUGCUUAUGAUUGGUGUGCAAAGGAAGUUGGUGCGGGUCAAUUCAAGCGUAUGAAAGACCAUAUGCACAACCAUAUCGACCAAUCGCGACACGCCAUGUUUACGGAGAGUUGCGAUGAAGUCAAAACCAGACUCAACAAGAUGUGCCAAACAGUUGAAGAAAGUAUGAACAACAAAAUCGAUGAGGUCUUUAUGCUCAUGCGCAGAGAUUAUCUGCAAGUUCUAAAUGGUGCUCAAAUAAGCGGUGAAGUCAUGCCUAAAUGUGAAGCUUGCUACUUUGUGAAGAGUGAAGCGGUGGAAGAAGAUGAGGCCAUGAAGGACGUUCAAUCCGGAGAAGUUGAUGGCGACAAGAACGAUGAAUCUGCGGAAGGCAGUGCAACUCAAAAUAACGAAGCUGACGUUAAGGCUGGCAAGAUCGCCGAAGCAGAGAACCCUGCUGUCAAGAGCGAGCAACACGCGGAUAAUGAGAUCGACAAUAACAGGGAAUCUGAGCCGGAAUCUGAGCCGCCCCAAGCAGCAACCGAUGUCCAAUCUUCUGAAAUGGUUGUCGAUGAUCCAGCAACUGAAGCCCUCUCUACCGAAGUUCCUUCGACAGAAAUUCUCUCGCCCGGCACUCCCGCCGCCGAAGUUUCCGUCAUCAAGGCUCCAACUGAGGCCUCCGCGCAUUCCUCUCCCGCCAGUUAG